AUGAGCGCAUCGUCUGAUCUCCCCAUUCCUUUGUGGUUGGAUUGUGACCCUGGCCACGAUGACGCAUUUGCUAUUCUCCUCGCCGCCCAUCAUCCAUCCUUGAAUCUUCUGGGCAUCACUACGAUCCAUGGCAAUGCAUCGUUGGAGAAGACUACGAUCAACGCCGGGAGAGUCCUAGAAGCAAUCGGUAGACCAGACAUUCCCGUCUAUCCAGGAAGUACAAGGCCAUUUUGCAGACCAGCCAUUCAUGCACCUAAUAUCCAUGGUGACUCGGGACUGGAUGGCACUGACUUACUCCCUAAUGCCUCUGUACCACCUAUUACAGACAAGAACCCAAUCCUUGCCAUGCGCGAAGCUCUUCUUGCGCAACCGAAGGGUACUCCUUGGGUGGUUGCAACCGGUGCCUUGACCAAUGUCGCUUUACUCUUUGCCACGUUCCCAGAAGUAGCAGCACAUAUUCAGGGUUUGACCAUCAUGGGUGGUGGUGUUGGUGAAGGAUUCACAGAUGCUCCUAUGAGCAGACUCCCUGGACAGCAUUUGAGGAUUGGAAACGUUACUCCAUGGGCGGAGUUCAAUGUUUACUGUGACCCCGAAGCUUCUCAGUCAAUCUUCAGCAACCCCAUCCUCAAUAAGAAAACAAGCAUUAUGGCCCUCGAUCUGACACACCAGGUCCUUGCGUCGCCUGCUAUACAGACUCGCGUCUUGCAUGGAUCGGGUGAUCCGCCAACUCCCCCAACCAAUCUUCGACGCAUGCUACGUGACCUGCUUGUAUUCUUCGCGCAAACAUACGAAACUGUGUUUGGGUUGUCUACAGGCCCACCACUGCAUGACCCUCUCGCUGUGGCAGCACUCCUAUCAAAUCUGAACCCUGCCUUUGCUAAAAACCACCCUGAACAGGCAUUGAAGUUUGACGACAAGUGUGGUGAACGAUUUGCUAUCGAUAUUAUUACUGAUGGUCUUCACAACACUGACGUGGAUGCAAUGGGCCAACUGGGACGCUCAGUCGCCGUGGCUACAGAAGAACCCCAUGGGGUUGCCAUCCCAAGGGGAGUAGACGUGGACGCGUUUUGGAACAUGAUACUGGAAUGUAUCUCACGGGCAGACCAGUGCAAUGCUGCUCGAGGAAAAUAA